AUGCUCUUCUUUCUAAUAAAUCUCUUUUCAGUUUCUCGAGACAGUUUUACAGCUGGUGGUCUUUUAACUUCAAGUUCAGUGACAGAGGGUGUGCCCAAAGAUUCUCAGCCUUCCUUGGAUUUGGCCAGUGCAACUAGUGGAGAUAAAAUUGUCACUGCACAGGAAAACGGGAAAGCAGCUGAUGGCCAAACAACAAAUGAAGUACUUGGACCACAAAGACCCAGGUCUAACUCCGGCAGAGAGCUCACAGAUGAGGAAAUUCUAGCAAGUGUAAUGAUAAAAAACCUCGAUACAGGUGAAGAAAUACCUCUGAGUCUGGCAGAAGAAAAGUUGCCAACAGGCAUUAAUCCCCUGACUUUGCAUAUCAUGAGGAGAACUAAAGAAUACGUCAG